CUUCAGCAGCCCACUGAGGGCCCUUUCACUUGGGAUUCUGAACUUGUAACUAGGACUCCAGGCUGGGAAGAUGCUGAGUUCCAUUAAGUGUGUGUUGGUGGGAGAUUCAGCUGUGGGGAAAACCUCUCUGCUGGUGCGCUUCACUUCAGAGACCUUCCCUGAGGCCUACAAGCCCACGGUGUAUGAGAACACAGGUGUGGACGUCUUCAUGGAUGGCGUUCAGAUCAGCUUGGGCCUCUGGGACACAGCGGGUAAUGAUGCCUUCCAAAGUAUCCGCCCCCUGUCCUACCAGCAGGCAGACGUGGUGCUGAUGUGCUACUCUGUGGCCAACCAUAACUCUUUCCUGAACCUGAAGAACAAGUGGAUUGCUGAAAUCAGGAGCAACUUGCCCUGCACCCCCGUGCUCGUGGUGGCCACCCAGACGGACCAGCGAGAGGUGGGGCCCCACAGGGCCUCCUGCAUCAAUGCCAUGGAAGGGAAAAAACUGGCCCAGGAAGUGAGAGCAAAGGGCUAUCUGGAGUGCUCGGCCCUCAGCAACAGGGGGGUUCAGCAGGUGUUCGAGUGUGCUGUCCGGACUGCUGUCAACCAAGCCAGGAGGCGCAACAGAAGGAGGUUCUUCUCCAUUAACGAGUGCAAGAUUUUCUAGCCUCCCAGAGACUCCACCCACACUCCUUUGCUCCCCGCAAAGACUCACGGGGAUGGGGAGAGCAGGCAAGCCAGCAAGGGCUGAUGAUCUUUCUAGGUAUGUUCGUCACAGCACUUCCCUUAGGAUACCAUCGUUGAUGAGACUUGGCCACUGGCUGUUUUUAUGAAAUACACUCUACAAAUGAAAACCUCUUGCCCAGUCCGAUUAGAAGUUUCUAUAAUGAAGAUUUCCUUCUUUGAUUAAAAAAAACAAAGUAGUCUCCAUCAUUUUGGACAAUGAAGUGAGUUUUUCCAAGAAUUCCAUAUUUAAAGACACGUUUUAUUUAAAUGAUAACACAAUGUCUAGCUCUUGUAUAUAAUUAGUUUUUACAUUUGGAAAGUCUUUCCCUACAUGGUCCCAAACACAAACUGCUGUAUGAGUGACAUAACCCUCUGGGGGCUCUGCCAAAGCCUUGUAGUGUUUUCCCCCAUGUAGUGAUUUUGUGGAGGCCACUUGCCCGCUAGAUAUUCCUAGGUAAUCAAAUUUUAAAAUGACCAUGGCCGGAUCCUUGCAAUUUCCAUCCACCUGUUAUUCAGAGUUGUAUAUAAAAUACACUUCAGUAACGUAAGAUUCUUUAAUGCUGCCUAAUUAAAAAUUUAAAUUUUAAACAGUUGUCAUUAGAUUUCUCUAUAAUUAUAUAUAUGUUUUUUUAAAAAGCAUUUCUUAUUUAUGAUCUUACCUUUUACCCAAAGAAGUCUAAUUGUGCAGUAAGCAUUCCUCCCUCAUUCACCAAAAUAGACGGAAGGGAAACCUUCCAGGUAGGGAAUCAGAACAGAACGGAAGUGAGGAAGUCUCACUUUCAUUUCAGGAGCCGGUGCACUUGGCCUGCUUCUUCCAACACCGUGAUUCCUAGCUGGUUGUAGAUCUUCUGAAGAAGAGCAGGCUCAAAUUUCUGUGUGACGACUCACACAUUUGGAGUUAGAACGGAGGUCAGGAAGGAUUGAGCCCAACUUCCUCACUUUACAGGAAUGAGACUAGCAGGAGCAGACCCACGUGGGCCUCAGGGAAAGGACCAUCCCUGGCAGCAGGAGCCUAGUCCCCUGGGAGGAGGAGGAGACUGCCUGAAGUGGCCUUGUUCGGUGAACAGCCUUCACAACUGUGACAAGCGGCCCUGAUUGGAGGAAGACCAGUCCCAAAUGCUGUGGAAGAUGAGGGCUCAUAAGGAGCUAAGUGAAGAGGUAACACCUGCACUUGGUUAUGGCUACAAGGUCUGGUGGGUAUAAAGGUACAGUGCCUUUCCAAAAGAAAGCCUUAUUACUAGGCAAUCACUCCUACUCAUCGAGUAUGGCUGUGCACUUUCUCCAUGAAAGCAUGGGUCAAACCCUGCCUGACCUCAUUAGUGCCUCCCCUUCCACUGUGCUCGGACUCAGUCCCUGUCCCUUGCCACCCCUCCCCCAUAUUGCGUCCUUCGGGCUCCCCAGGAAGAGGCUUCCCAGACUUCAGAAUGGAAUUUCUACCCCAGCCUCUCUACUGCAGCUAUUCACUACCUCUUAGAGGAAAACUCUGGUGCCUUAUUCUGUUAAAAAGCAUUCUUUUCUUUUUUCUUUUUUUCAUUCUUACCAAAUGAUACCUAUUUUUAGAAAGAAAGAGAAAACAAGAUAAGAGGGUAAAGAAACAUGAGAGUGAAGAAAAUCCUGCCUCGUCACAUACACAAUUUUUUGCUUUAUUUCACUGCCCGCUCCCCGCCCUCCUCCUGGGAGAAAAUAUCUAAAAUUUUCAUCAGAUUUGCAAAAAAAGUCCAUGACUGUAAAAUUUCAAGAGCUGCUGUUAUAAAAUGAUUCAUGAAAUCCAAGCAAAGAGGGCAAAGGAUGUUCAGGGAGGGUUUAUUGAACUUAUUCUAUCCCACAGUCUGAUUUUCAGCGAAUUAUCUAAUUUCUGAUAGACUAUGGUCAUGAACACUGUUGCUUAUUUUCCUGCCUGGUUUGGAUGGCCCCAGAAUCAAGUUAUUCUAAUUGUCGACUAGCAGGCAUCCCAUUCUCCAGCUCCUCACCCUCCAUGAUGGUACCAAAGUUGUAAUCCUAAAGCCUGACUUGCGUCAUCUCUUCACCAGACUCCAAGCAGCAAAUUGGGGUUAACCUCCUCCAUUGUCUGGCCCACCCAGCCUCUCUAAUCUUAUCUUGCUCUCUCUUUAGCCAGCACGCCCCACCUCCGCCAGCCAGGCUGGUCAAAGUACUGCUUACCACCUGGGCAUCAUCACCAUCUGCCUCCAGAUCAUCACUCAUAAUCUAGGUCCUUGGCACUCUUUCCCCUUGGUUUACCAGAACUUUCCCAUCAUGUAAGGCCAGCUGUUUGAAGUGGGGUGCCCUGCCUCUUUGUUUCCACAGCUCCCUAUUUCCCCCAUCAUAACCCCCUUCCCUGCCCUAUCUGUCUCUCCCACUUGUCAGUGAGUCUCUUCAGGACACGGCCUGUGUCUGGCCAAUGUUCCCAACAUUGCCUGGAACUCGGUGCAUGCUGAAUAAAUGUUUGUUGGAUAACUGAA